AUGUCGAUUUCAGAUUUGUUAAUCGAUGCUGCAGUGAAUCAUGUGAUCUUGUCUUUUAUGGAUGGACAUGCCGGGUACAACCAAAUUUUCAUUGCUGAAGCCGAUGUGCAUAAGACCGCUUUUCGCUGCCCGGAGGCACUCGGUACAUACGAAUGGGUUGUCAUGCCAUUCAGCCUCAAGAACGCCGGUGCCACGGGCACCGACGUCGAAAUCAGCAUGGUUGAAACGCGCGAUAACUACUGGACGAUGUACUUUGACGGCUCAAGUACUUCAUCCUCGGAUGGCGUUGGAAAUGUCAUUCAAUCCCCAAACCACGAUUGUUGGUAUUUUUCGCUCAAGCUGGAUUUUGAAUGCACAAAUAAUCACGCCGAAUACGAAGCCCUUAUCAUCGGCCUUGGAAUCCUUCAUGACUUGCGGGCAACCCGUGCCCUCAUCCUCGACGACUCCAAACUUGUGAUUAACCAACUUAAUGGUUCUUUUUGA